AGAUUAUGACGUAAAUAUGGUACUCCUAGCUCCAGAAUACAAAGCCAUUGACGUUUAUAUGUUAAAUCUUAUAAUAACAUGUGUAAUGUUAUGUCCUGAAGAGUUUGGAAAUUGUAUUUUUAAAGGGGAAAAAAUUACACACGUUUCUAAAGAAAUGAUUUUGACAAAAAUGUACAGAAAUUUCUCAAAAUCAGAUAUGAACAAAUUAAAUAAUACAUUGGAUAAAUAUAAUUUAUACCUACAGAAGAAAUCGAUCGAUUUUGUGAACAAUGUUCUGAAGCAGCGAGCGUUGAAGCAUAUACAAGAGAGACAGCCGUUCGUACGAUUGGAAACUCAAAAAAGUCAGGAGGAUUCUCAAAGCAGCUUUGAAAGUCAAUCAUUUCUUGAGACACGUUCAGCUGAUAGUACAGGAGAUAGCAGUGCACCAAGAUCCAGUUUUAGCCAUCUUACAAUGGAAGAAAUUAAUGAUUUAAUAGGUUAUCAAUGUAAAUAAGUGAGCUUAUAUUUUAAAUAAACUGCAAUUUUUCAAACUGCAAGAAACAUUAA